GGGCCCGUCCCGGCAGUUCCGGGCUCCGCGCACGCGAUCGGGGGCAGGGCUCGGGGUCGGGAUCGGGACAGGGACCGGGAUCAGGACGGCACCGGGGGAACGCAGCGAUGCAGCCGCCGCCGCGCAAGGUCAAGCUCACGCAGGAGCUGCGGGUCCACGUCCUGGAGCAGCUCUCGGGCCUGCAGAGCAAGCAGCAGCGGGACGCCGAGCUGCUGGAGGACAUCAGGUCCUACAGCAAGCAGAGGGCCGCCAUCGACAGGGAGUAUGGACAGGCACUGCAGAGGCUGGCGAGCCAGUUCGUGAAGAGAGACUGGCAGCGGGGCCGCGGCGAGGCCGGCGACUCCAGGAGCGUGGCCGCUGUCUGGAAGGGUGUCAUCGAGGGGACGGCGCACGCCGGGCAGGUCCGUGUCACCGCCUCAGAGAGCUACCGCGCCCUGGCCGCCGAGGCCGCCCGCACCGCCCGCCUCUCCAAGGAGAGGAUGCUCAAGAAGGGCAUGGAGCGGCUGCAGAAGGUGCAGGCGGAGCUGCUGGAGUCAGUGAAGGAGCUGGACAAGGCCAAGAAGCAGUUCACACACCUCCAGCGGAGCAGCGAAGUGGCCAGGGACAAGGCGGCCGACGUGGAGGCUCGCCUCCGGAAGAGCGACCGGCGGAUAUUUCACACCAAGGCCAGUCUGCAAAAGCUCAGUGCCAAGUUCUCAGCACGGCUGGCCGAGCACUCGAGGCAGCUGGCGGGGGUGCAGAACGAGUACAGCUUCGCCCUGGUCUCUGCCACUGCCCACCUGGAGCAUUACCAGCGCGUUGAGCUGCCCGCAGCCAUGCAGGCGCUGGAUGGGGACCUCUACGAGCGGCUCCGGGAGCACUUGUCGGCCGCCAGCCGGACGGAGGUGGAGACCUGCCGGGCCACACGGGACUGGUUCCAGGGUGUUGCGGAGGCAUCCGCGCGGGUGUGCCGGGAGCAGGACCUCCUCCUCUUCCUGCAGGACCACCCCGCCUUCUCCCUGGCCCCCGAGCAGCGCUUCCAGCUCGCCGAGGUGGAGGAGGUGUGCCUGCUGCCACCAGGGGAUGAUGGAGCCAGCCUGGAGAAGGAGGCCCGGCGCUGGGCCACGCGCGUGACCCGGGACUGCAAAAACAAGGCACACAGCGAGGAGGUGCUGCAGCGACUGGAGGCCAGGCGGCAGCAGGUCUCGGAGGGGGAAGCAGCGACUGUGGAGCGGCAGAUGGAAGAAGCGAGGGAAAACAUCCGGAAGGCGGAGGUCAGCCGAGUGAAGGCCGAGGCACGGCUGGCACUGCUGCGGGCAGCAGGGCUGGAUGUGGAUGCCUGGCUGGCGGGGGCCAUGGUGGGGACAGGCGAGGAGACACCCACGGGGCUGGAUCCGGCCGAGUUCGAUGACUACGAGGACAGUGACGAGCCGGAUGGGGACGAUGAGCCUGGUCCUGCUGCUCGCACCUACCCCUACACCUGCCGGGUCAUCUUUGGGUACCAGGGCUGCCAGGCGGACGAGCUGUCCAUCACCCAGGGCGAGGAGCUGGAGGUCAUCGAGGACGGGGACGCAGAGGAAUGGGUGAAGGCUCGGAACAAGGCAGGCCAGGUCGGCUACGUCCCCGAAAAGUACCUUCUGUCCCUCGGGUGUGAGUCAGGGGCCGGGCUCGGCCCCCCAGGACCCUCGGCGUUGCACCGCCAGCUCUCCAGCAUUAUGGCAGCAGAACUGGUGCUGGAGCCUGGAGCCUGGCUGGUGCGGGCCCUGUAUGACUACGAGGGGCAGAGCCCCGAGGAGCUGAGUUUCCCCGAGGGGGCCAUCAUCCGGGUGCUGCCCCGCGCCGCCGGAGAGGUGGACGAUGGAUUCUGGACCGGCGACUUCGACGGCCGGGUCGGCGUCUUCCCCUCCCUGGUGGUGGAGGAGCUCACAGGGGCCCGGGAGGCAGCGGGGCAGGAGCUGCCGUCGCCAUCCCCUCCACCCUUCUCCCCUCCUGGCCUCGCCCCCGGGGCCAUGCUGACCCCCAGCCCUGCUCCUGAGACAUCCCUGGGAGGUGAGUGCUGGGGGGGAGAGCUGGAAAGGGCUGGGAGGGCCUGGAAAGCCAGGCUGAGCUGCUGGGCCCUUCCAGGUUGCCGGCAGGAUGGCACGGGCAGCGGGCAGAGCUCUCCGGACCUGGCAGCCACCCGACUCCGGCCGCUCCGUGCACCGCCCCCGCCGCCCGGCAGAGUCCCUGAGCCCGACCCCGAGCUGCACUUCAGCUGACCCUGCGAGUCCCCCUCAUCCCUCUCUGCCCCCCAGAAAGCUUUGCCCAAGCAAACCACCACAGGCUGCUGUCUCUGGCACUGCCCCACGCCCCGAGCUGGUCUCUCCAGGGGCUACAACCCGCCCAGUGCCACUUGCAGAGUGUUCCUGCAUCCCAGUGCAGCACCAGGAACCCUGGCUAGCCCUUUUUCCGGGUGCUCAGUGCCACAGCCAGGCCCCAUCUCACCCACCUCUUGCCUCUGCCCUUUCUGCCUGGCGUCACCCGUGCACCCCCUGCACAGCCCUGGUCCCUGGGGGGGCUCAUCCCUGGACCCAGCCCCCCACAGGCAGGAGUGAGGGGGGAAGGGCUGUUCCCAAUAAAUCCAGUUGUCUGGU